AUGGGAAAAGUUGUGUGGAGUCAAUGGGCAAAUCUCAUAGCCAUUGUUGCUGGUGUCUUUGAAGUUGUUGGCGGGGUAUUUGGUUUAUUUUACAGGCUUUCUAUGUGGGAGCAGGUGACAAGCAUAUUCAAUGCCUUUGUGAUUCCAAUCAACGUCAUUGCAAUAGUUUGCAUAGUUUUUGGGCUGGCAAUCUUGGCCAUCGAAGUACCACUACCACUUUUCAAAGGUUCCUUCUUCACGAGAACCUACGUUCCCCGCAUAGUGCUUUAUACCAUCUUUGCUGCCGUUUCAUUCAUCGACUAUCAAAAUGUCAAUCCUGGAUUAUACAUGUACAUUUCAUGUCUUAUGUAUACGAUAGCCUUGGCUAAAGGAGAGAACAAAGUGGCACCAAAGGAGACUCGUGGGUUAAAGGUUUAA